AGCAGCACCAGAAACCACCGUCUCCUAACCACUAGCCUCUCACCUCCACCACCACACCUCACGCCACGGCACGGCAUGGCACCCUUCGUCUGAUUGCCAUCAGUCUUCUCGUGACCCUAUUCUCGCAUCCAGUUUUGUCGCCUAAAGCAGUCGUCUCAGUGUCGAUUAGACUCGUUUGAGGCUCGCUUACCCGUGACAUCUUAUGGCCUCGUUGUGAAAGGCACUGAACCGACAGUUGGCUGGUCCUAGCGCAUAAGUUAUGAGCCAGUGACGUCACUGGGUUAGGUAUAGCCGGUGGUUACUCUUGCACGGUGACGAAACUCUGCCUGGAAUUAAGGUAAUUCGUAGUCGCUGUUUCCAUCGCCAGUUCAACUGUUUCGUUGCACACUGCAUUUAUCGGUGCAUUACCAUAAGCUCUCAGCUCUCAACUCGCAGCUCUUAGCUCUGAGGUCUCAGCUCGCAGCUCGCCUCCCUUCGUUCGGUCGAUCCUGUCAUCCGGAUGAUCAUGCAUUGAGAGCUGCGUACGACGACGCGUUGAAAGUUGCAGAUAGUAAAGCACUGCAGAUUCCGUAUGAUCCGCAAAUGCGCGAGCUAGAACCACACUGAACAGCCUCCCUACCCAUGACGCGGUGUAGUUCGAAUACGUCGAAUCAUUCCGUAACGCGGAUGAGGCAGCAAUAGCCGGCGAGGCGGGGAGGCGUGGCUCGGCAUGAGUGCGAGCGGGACGAGCACGCCGGGGUGGGUGGGGUCGGGGUGCGAGCGCGUGGUGGUGGGGGUGAACAAGGACCCGUGCAGCAAGGACGCCAUCCGAUGGGCCAUCGCUAACCGGCUCAAGCAUCCCGACGACAUGCUCAUACUGUUACACGUGGUUACCAAAGUACCCACCCACCAAAAGGUGGAGAUGUAUCAGAGCGACGUGAACAACACGACGUUCGUGCACUACGUGCGCACCGUGGUGCAGCCCAUGAUGCUGGAACUCAAAAGCAUGGUCGACAACAAGAUAAAGCUGGAGCUGAAGGUGGGGCGCAACAACAGCAAGGAGCGCGGCAUCGUGGACGAGAGCCGGAAGCUCAAAGCCACCACCCUCGUCGUCGGUACCAGCUCUAGAGGCAUCUUUGGCAUUCGAGGGCGUGGCGGCGUGGGCGGCUACUGCAUGAAGAACCGCCCGCCCACAGUAUCCGUCUACGUCAUUCUCAAGGACCGCGUCACGGCAUGCAGGGAGGUGGACGCCUCCUCGCUCUCCCCACCCGCCUCCUCCUCCUCCGCGCCCACCAGCCCAGGGCGAGAGAGACCCGCUUUGGCGUCAUACCAGCUGAGCCCAUCGCCAUCAGCGCACCAGAGCCCAUCGGCGUCAGUGCUUGCAUCGGCGCAGCACCUCUCCGACUGCUCCUCCACACAGCACUCGUCAGGGGCGCUGGAGCCAAACGAUAGUCUCGCGUUUGACGAUGCAGGUAGCUUCCGGUCUGUCGACGAUGAGGGAGCCGCCACAGCCAAUGGCGCGCAGCCACCUGGCACCCACUCCCAAACAGCCCCACAGCCGUGCCGAGCCGGCACCUGGCCCACUGACCAGGCCGCCUCUCCCAUACCUGGCGGUUCGCCUGGCUUCCAAGCCCGCUCUCCAGGAACGUCUGUGCAUGCAUACACUGUACAAGGGACGUCCCUGCCUCGAUUCCCAGGGGAAGGCGACAUGGAGAGCAUUAUGCAGUUGCAGCAGCUGCAGCUGCAGAACCAGCAGCAGAUGCAGCACUUGCUGCAGGUGCAGCAGCAGCAGCAGCACCAGCUGCAGGUGCAGCAGCUGCAGCAGCGGCUGCAGAGGGACUAUCUAGCCGAAGUGGACGCGUGGAGGCGGGCAAAUACGCAUGCCACCGCGGAGCAGCAGCAGGCGUUUAUGGCUGAUCUUGAAGCAAGGAUGGCGCAUGCCAGGGCUGCCCUCGCGGGCCUUCCUCUCACUGAUUCCACCCGGCGCGCCCAGCAGGUGGCCCAGCAGGUGGCUGGUGACGCUGACGACUCGCCGCGUGCCGCAGCAGCGGCGGCGGCGCAGGCGGGUGAGCGGGAGACGGAGAUGGCUGCACGGAUAGGGCAGAUGGCACUAGAGGCCGAGAGGGCGCGGGCAGCAGCAGUGGAGGCGCGGAGAGCGGCGGAAGCGGAGGGAGGGGAGGCAGUGAUGCCCGUGGUGCGGCGGGUGCAUCACUACAGGGAAUACACUUUUGAGGAGAUCCAGGCAGCAACGGACAACUUUAGUGCGGAUCGCAAGCUGGGCGAAGGAGGGUUUGGCACUGUGUACUCAGGGACGCUCCACCACACCCCCGUGGCUGUGAAGCUGCUCAAGAGCAAGGACUCCAUCCAGGCCAUGGCCGAAUUUCAACAGGAGGUGGAGAUCCUCAGCCAGAUUCAGCACCCGCACGUGCUGAUGCUGCUGGGGUGCUGCCCCGACCGCUAUGUGCUGGUCUACGAGUACCUGGCCAACGGCAGCCUGGAGGACCGCCUGCUCUGCCUCAACAACUCGCCCCCGCUCCCCUGGUUCGUGCGCAUCCGCGUUGCUGCUGAGAUCGCCUCCUCCCUCCUCAUCCUGCACACGCGCUCCGUGCCCAUCGUGCACCGGGACUUAAAGCCCGGGAAUAUUCUGCUGGAUAAGAAUUUUGUUGCAAAGCUGGGGGAUGUGGGGCUCGCAAAGCUUAUGCCGGGGCUGUCUAUGGAGAGGACGUGCGAAAAGGAGUCGGUACCGGUGGGCACAUUCGCGUACGUGGACCCGGAAUUCCAGAGAACCGGCGAGUUUGGCCCCAAAUCCGACGUGUAUGCAUUCGGCAUCGUGCUCUUGGACCUCCUCACGGGGCGCACCCCCACCCUCUACGAAGCGCUAGAAGUGGCUGUCGAAAACAACUGCAACGAGGAGCUGAUGCGGUUUCUGGAUUCUAGGGCGGGGACGUGGCCGGCGGGGAUGCCGAUGGCUAUUGCGAAGCUGGCGAUCCACUGCAGUGAGAUGAAGAGGAGGAAGCGGCCGGACCUGGAGACGGAGGUGAUGCCCAUUCUGGAUAGGAUGCGGAGCGUGGCCGUGAAGGCCGAGGAUGACGCCAAGAAGGCCUCGCUUGUCCGACCCGUGGCUGCUGCUCCGCCCUGCCUCUUCUGCCCCAUCACUCAGGAGCUGAUGGUGAACCCGGUGAUAGCGGCGGACGGGCACACAUACGAGCUGGUGGCGAUCCAGCAGUGGCUGGAGAAGAGCGACCGCUCGCCCAUGACCAACGUGCGCCUGCCCUCCAAGGCCCUUGUGCCCAACCGCGCUCUCCGCUCCAUGAUCCUCGACUGGCAAGAGGACAAUGGGUCCAAGUGACGGGUUUGUACGUGCCUCAGGGAUCGUCCCUCCAAGGCCCUCUUGCCCAACCACGUGCUCUGAUACCAUACAUGAUCCUAGAGUGGCAAGAGGACAAUAAUGGGUCCCAGUGAUUCUUCUGCAACCACCUCCAGAAUUGUUCCACAAGGCCAGGGGUUGUGAGCCGAACCGCACACUCAGGUCCGUGACCGUGAUCCUCGACUGACGGGAGGGAAGACAAUGGGCCGGGGUGAAUGGGGGGAGGACCACGGGCCAGGGUGGCGGGCGCAACAGAAGGGGACAUCAUCGGCUGGAUAGACAGUUUGAAUUGUUUGGACGGUUUCUAUUUAGGCGCUAGCAGAAAUGUACAGGGACUGGCUCCGUAUUGUAGAUGAUAGAAAGUGUCCUUAGAUUGUCGUCAGUUAGAGGUGAUGCCUUACGUUCUUGCUUCAUCCUCCAAUCACGUGCUUGCCUUGUGCUAGCUGCUUCUCCACACUAGCCAGAUAGCCUCUUCGCUUCAGCAUUGGCCCCUAGGUUCCUUGAUAUGGUAGUAGGCACUUUUUAAAUCACAGGCUAAGAUAGCAGAGGGGGGCUUCAAGUGAGCCCCUCUGGAAGUGGGGGCGCUUUUGAAAAAGUUGGAUUGAGAAAGCUUGCUUUCUUGUCCUUCGCAAUAGGCAUCGUUCUCA